GAAAUGUUUCUUCCCCAAUUGUUUUGACAGCAGCUCCAUCUGCAAAGAGACCUACGUGGUCAAGAGUAACCACUUUGCCUUCUUUCAACGAUGCUGUCAUACCCGCUGCAUCAUCCGCUUCCACACCAAUAACUUUCACAGAUGGACGCACUCUUUUGACGUAAGCGGCGAUCCCAGCAAGCAUACCCCCGCCACCGCAACAUACGAAAAUAGCGUCAAGUGGUCGACUCACACAUGACUUCAAGAUUUCGAGUCCAAUGGUCCCUUGACCAGCAAUUACAUGCGGAUCAUCAAAUGGGUGGACAAUUGUCAUACCCUCUUCAGUCAUUAAUCGCUUUGCCUCCGCAGCGGCCUCAUCGUAAUUAUUUCCAAAAAGUCUGACUUCAACUGUUGGGCCUCCGUGAGCUCGAACGGCAUUCACCUUGAUGGUUGGGGUCGCCAGAGGCAUAACGAUAACAGCACGAAUAUUCAGCAUUUUUGACGAGAGGGCAACUCCCUGAGCAUGAUUUCCAGCAGAACAAGCUACCACACCAUUUUCGAGCUCAUCCGACGACAGGUGGGCCAUCUUGUUGAAGGCACCUCGAAUUUUGAAACUGAAUACCGGUUGUGUGUCCUCUCUUUUGAGUAAAACUGUGUUUUUCAGGUGCUAAUACCGAAAGUACAAAUAAAACAAACGGAAUUUUGGGGGAAAGCAGUGUUGGUUGAAUCGAUGACAAAUGGAAGAUAAUAAGCGAGCAAGCCAGGAUAUUGUAUAGUGUAAAUUCUAAGCACUCGCAAAACUCGCAGAAUAGAACAAAUCAAACGGGCUCCCAUCCAAAAGCAGCCGUUCGGUAGAAAGCCUAAUCCGACAUGCGUACCACUUUGGGAUCCCAUUUGCUAUUCUCCGUAUUUGACUUACAGUACUAAGAUUUUUUGCAUGUUGCAAUUCAGUUUCGAUGGCAGCUUCGUAUACUCGAGCGUUCAGAAUUCUGUUCAAGUAGCCAACGGCGUGUUCUUUUGAAUCCAACAGAAUCGGUUGAUUUUUCAUUUCAUUACCAGGUGCUGUCGACGGGAAAGAUACUACUUCAGAUGUUGCUGAUCCGUUGUUCCUUAUGGUGGAGGUUUCAACCAUCGAAGAUGAGAACGACUUCGCCGUACGAACGUUGCCAAUCCCUGUGAUCACGUCGUUCUCCAGUUUGUUGUUGACUAUUCCUACACAACGGAAAUUCCGACGUGGCAACCUUUUAAGCGUGUGAGAGAUCAUGCUGCAAUGCAUUCUUCAGAUCUGUCUCCAACUUUCUUCGUUAGUCUUAUGAUGUAGGUUUGUUUAGUCUACCUAGAACAUAUAGUGGAACAGUAAUACUCUCAAACUCAGUUUGACCUUUGAAUUCCGAAAAAAAAUGUAUGAAUUCACUACGUUCAACGUUUGUCUUGUACCGAAGGGUACGGUACUCGUACUUAGCCUUCUACCCGAUUGUACCCGACAACAUUCAUCAUCGACGAUGGAACUCACCGAGUACGUACUUUGCCGUAUGAAUGAAAAGGGAAAAGGGAUAUGAUACCGUACUAAUCAUUUCUGUACAGUACGUAGGUACAGUAUUUUCAUAGAGUACUCGUACGUACGGGUACUAUUUGAUGAGAGGGAAUACGGGACUUCCGCUUCAAAAUCCAUCAUAAAUGUAAUAUUACUGUAUUACUGUACUACUGUACUUAUUUACUAAUGAGCUAAAAAUUUCUAUUAGUAUUUGUACAGGGAAUGCCAAUAAGAACUUGCCAGCAUGGGAAUUGUACUUAGUAGUUCUAUUGUAAUAGGGGCAUAGUCGAUUCUGUUUUGUUGAAUACAGUAUGAGUAGUACGUACUACUACCUUCUUAUGUGCCGGGAACAUAUGAGUACUACAGAUACUUUUGUACAGUAAUUCAUUUUCGCAUACAUAGCUGCACCAUAUGUGUAUGCAGGAAUGUUUUCAGCAGUGAUAGACAUGACAGGCUUGCUGAAAUUACAUAUAUCCCCCCCAUUUUUUUGGAAUCCAUUAUAAUUGCUGCGCGCAAAUUUUACAAGAUUCCAGUGGUGCCAACAUGAUUGAGAUUUUCAGGGAACAACCAGCUCUGCUGGCUCUGAAACUAUGAUCAAAAUCAUUUUCAUCAUGCUGAUGUCUGUCGUCAGCAACUACGACAAAAAAGUUGCAUUGCUCCUCUCAUUCCUCCUCCAAAAACAUAAAAAAGAGCAGUCUCCAAAACAGUCUCCAUCCUCACUAUUUGGCUACUAAUUCCUCGCUCACAGCAAAAUGUCCCCUUCAAGAAGAAGAGGAGGAUGAGGAGACGCAACAUAGACUCACCCUUGAGGAGAGCCAACAAAGCAACAGAAGGAUUGCCAAGGAUUGCACUCAUGGGGAUGAAUGAAUCACAAUUUAUCCAUUUGUUUGGGCCUGGAGAUGAUCAGGCUGUUCUAAACUGAUGUGGUGUAGACCAUCCUAUCUUUAGACAUCUCCUUUCACUCUUUGAGCCAGUUUUUGAUAGAUAUACAGUGGACAAGAAGUUUCUGCAGAUCAGACCUCAUCUCUUCACUAAGAAUGACAAAAGGGCAAUAGGAGGGAGAUUACUGCCACCAUUGGACUUGCAUUAGUCUUGACUUGCUUCAGAACUUGUGGAUCAGCAGCAAGAAGGGCCUUAUCUACUAUGAUGUUUGGUCUCCCUUCAACACCCCUACAUAAAUGGUUGGAGUAUUCUUUGGGAGUCCUUCUUUAUGUGCUGCAAAAUCAUCCAAAUGCUAUUAUUAGACCUACCUGUGAUGAAGAAGUGGAGGCCCAUGUGGCGGCAAUUGGAAGAAAGUAUGAGGUGCUUGGAAGAAAGAGAGUAAGUACUCAAGCAACUGGCUGCUGGAGAUGUUAACAACACAUUCCAAUUCUUCUCUGAUUGAGAUUGUUGAUUUUAAAUUGCAGCAGAUUGCCAAUUCUGCAGAUUACUGACAAUGCUGCAGAUUGUUGAUUUGCUAUGGAUCGUCAAUUUGAUUCAAUUUCCAUGGUCAUUUGGUUGUGUUCUUUAGUUUUAAUGGAAGAUUAAAUGGAAGAUAGUAGCAAUUACAGCAGUUAAAAUGCACACAAUUUUGUAUUAUAAAGGAUGAUCUACUAAACGCAAUCCUCAUAUCGUAUAGGCUUGGCCACGCAAAAAAGCACGGUUUAAACCGUACAUUAGCAAUUCAAUAUAUACGUAAACCGAAUAUCAGUCAAUAUUCGUCGUACGCCGUACUCCCCCACGCCAUUAGAAAGCUCUUUGAAUUCUCUUUUCAACCAUGUGCUUAUCAUACUUAAGCGUCCAUUGGGGAAAAAGUUAUGGCUGUUCGCGUGAGUUGAACCUCUCUUAAUGCCCUACGUGUUUUUUGUACUGUGCUUGGAUUAGCUGCCAUCUAAUUACCGUGUAAUGACUCGUGGGAUUAAAAUUUGACUUGUACUAGGCCUACAGUGUGCACGUGCGAGCGAAACUAUUUUGCACGUGCGAGCAAAACUAUUUUGGUGGGACUCAAAAAUUCAGCAUGUGCCCGGCUGUACACUGCAGUAGAAGCCAAUUUUUAAUCCCACGAGUCGUUACACAGUAAUUAGAUGGCCGCUAAUCCAAGGUUUAAACCGUACAUUGGCUGGCCAAGCCUAUACGAUAGAUUCAAUUAACCCACGUGAUACACUGUAUUAUUUGAGUUCACUGCUAACUAUAGCAAUGUGUUAUUUUGUGUCGCCAGUUUUGUUCUUUGUAUACCUUCUCAAAAAAAUCAGGACUGGUAACAGAGAGGGAACACAUUGCACAUGAAUUUAAUCCCACAUGAUUGCUGGGACACUCUGUUCUUAGAAGGAGAGUACAUUCACACAUAGCAGUAUUGUGUGGGGACAAGAUUAGUACUCCAGCAGUGGUACAGUACUACCCAUAAAUUGUAGAGGAAGCAAACAGCAAUCAGCAUGGAGCAAACAGCAAUCAGCAAACAUUAAACUAGUUUAGUAAUAUUAACAAUUAGUAAAUAAUGAUGGGAUUCUUAUUCCAAAUUGUCAUUUGAAUCAGAGGAGGAGGAGUUGGAGGAGAAGGAGUCAGUCUUGCAACCCCUAUUCUUUGAUUUGUUCCUCUUCCUCCUCUUCUUUUUGUGGGUAGAUGACAAGAAAUAGGCACUAGCAAGGUCUCAAAGCAUAUCUUUGAUAUCUGUCAUGUUUGUAUUGUGCUGUUUCAUCAAUGCUUCUUGAAAGACUUGAUUCUCUUGCAUGAGCAUCUAGAACAUGGACACAAAAUCUUUGUUACUGCUGUUGCUUGAGGACGCUCUACUUGAAUAGGAUCUCUUUGAUGGAGGGUGUGGACAAAGAGUGCUUUGAGGAACAACCAAAGAUUGAGUUGCUUGAGUAGCUUGAGAUGAUGUUUGAGUCAAUGCUUGAGUUGGAACAGUUAUCUAAGGGAGCUGAGUGGUUGCAAAAUAAGUGAGCUCAGGGGGCAUUGGCAUUUCAGCAUGAGUAAGUUGGGAAGGCUGUUGAAGAGAUGGUGAAGGUGUUUCUUGGGAAGGCUGAUGAAGAGGAGGAGCAUUGUUCUUGUAGUUCUCCAAAGUGGUGUUAUCAUCACUAAUAAGUCCACUGCAUCCUUCCACCAAAUCAAAUUCCUCCUCUCCAUCUCCACAAACAGCCUUGGCACCAAUGAGAUUCAUUAUAUCCUUUGCAAGCUUGAUGGCAGGAGUGAUGAUUGGAUUCCCAAUUGGAAUUCCUUUCCUGUAGAGGGUCCUCCACUUCCUAGUGAUGGAAUCCCUGUCUUGCACAGUAUUCCACCAGUUUUGUUCAUGGUGCUGAACAUUUUGUUCCCAUUGAUAUAUUCCAAUAGGAAGGAUCUCCUUCAGGAUGUGCAGCAUACACAUGGUCUCCCUGAUACUAUAGUUAUAGGAUCUAUGACUCCUCCCUCCUCUUUCUUGUACUGCUUAACCCAGAGCCACAGCUGGAGCGAGCUGGAGGCUCUACUGGAGGAGCUGGACAAGGCACUGUUGCUGGAGCUGGAGCCAUGGUGGAUAGUGUAGUUCUUGGAGGUGAACUGCUCCUUUUUCAUGAUUGAUAUGAAAUCACAUAAGGAAUUUCACCCUCCCUCUCAAGAAGACAGUACUGGCGCUGCUUGCCUCUCUCAGCAAGCCCUGUAUCCUCCACAACAGAAGAAUCUGGAUACUUGUGUUACUAUUGACUAGAGGGUUACACAUGCCUGCCAGCAGCCCCCCCCCCCCCCCCUCCUGUCAUGGUCAGCAUACAACUACUCUUCUUCAGUGAUGCUGUGUUGUUCCAUUUGUGUUGUCUUUGUUGAAUAAGUUGGUCUGCCUCAUGUUGCAUUGCAUAUGUUGAGGGAAAGCAAAGAUAUGCUUGUUCAUUUAUUAGGGAUCAAAAAUUUCAGUUUGGCACCCAGUGACUGCUGUCUUUAGGGUGCGCCUGCUCACGAGACUGAAAAUGAUUUGUCAAGGAUUCUUCCAAUAAAUAUGGAAGUCAUGUACACAGAUCCUGGUUGCCGUGGUCCUACAACAACCACCAGUAUUUGGUGUGUAUUUGCAAAAAUGAGCCAGUCGGUCAAAAAUUACAUACUUCUGGGUAUGUGGGAACAUUUCAAAUUGUAAUCAUGGAAGUCGAAAAGAAAAAAUACUAGAAUAGUUUUUUCCAUUGAAAUUGCAGAUGGAAAAGGGAGUCUGAGGGGGUAGAAACACUAAAAAUCUGGUAUGAAGUUUUAAAUGUAGACCAUAGUGCAAAAUGAAUGGCUGUUUUUAAGGACUAUAAACUGUUUCUUCCAGAAAAUAUACAGAGCCAACCAAUAGUUGCUGUUUCUCCGUAACAUAACAGUUUCUUCCACAAAAGACAUUUUAUGCCACUGGAUGACAAUGACUUCCACUUGAAACAAACUGCAAAAGACCUAAUUUGUCAUGCAAUGAUGAAGAAAUAGUAGUACUGUAUUUUACUACAAGUAAAAUAACAAUUGAAAUUAUGUUAAUUGAGGCAUUCUUGGGAACGUUAAUUUCACAUUCCAAAUCUGAAUUGAAGGUUUGGAAUGUUAAAUUUAUCGUGUAAAGUUGGUUGUCGUGGGCCCACGACAACCAACUUUUAUGUAAUUACAUAUUUUUUCAUUGGAAUCCUUGACUGAACAGAUUCAGUCUGGUCAGAAGGUGUGCUGUACUAAAGACAUGAGGAAUCACUUGGCGUGGGAUUGUUCCAAAUUCCAAAAAUGGGGGGGAAAUAUGUAAUUUGAGAGAGCCUGCAGAGCCUUCUUCAGUACCACUGAAAGUGAUUCCCGAAUACAUACCUCAAUAUAUGUUGGCUACGGUGCACUGGACUUCACUAUCUUUAUCUUUAGUGUGCGGUAGCCAGUAGCUUCUUUGAAGAAUUCUUACAGCCCUGGACUUACCCCGAGGAAACAAAAAGAAACUUUUUUUAGUGUGGAUUUGUGUAAACCCUGGUAUUAAUUUUUGAAAAUAAAUUAGUACGAAGUACCUUGACCAAAAUAAAUUAUUCAUUUUUAACUCGGAAUGUAUUCUCUAAAAUUAUGCCGCCAAAACGGAUGAUGGACAGACUUAACUCAUAGCCCCUCUCUAAACUGAUGACACCUGGUUUAAAAAACGCUCCAAAACAUCACACCUCGCACGUCUUUUAUCGAAGGGUCAAAGAUACCACAAUACGUAACCAAGAACCGCACGAAGGCCGUGCCACUGAUCAGGCGACAAACUGAUUUACAAAAGAACAUAUCUUUCUCAACUCCUACAAUCACCAGCUCAAGAGACGAGUGAUCCUUACACCGCAGGAGCACACUUCAUUCCCCCAAAAUAUGGCGACUGCUGCAGCGAUGAGAGCAGGUCCAAAUCUUUAUUCUUCGGUCAAGUCGUUUCGAGCAUUUCGGCGAUCUUUAUUGCCUACCAUAAGAGUUGGGUUCGUGCCAACGAUGGGAGCCUUACACGAGGGUCAUUUAUCGUUAGUGAAACAGGCAAUGUCACAAAAUGAUUUAGUCGUAGCUUCAAUAUUCGUCAAUCCCACUCAGUUUGGCGAAGGAGAGGAUCUCGACGUUUACCCAAGACAACUAGAACGUGAUACAGAACUUUUGAGCAAUCUUGGAGUGGUAGGUUUAUUUAGUGUUUGCUUUCUUUGAAAGAGUCCAUCUCGGCCUUUUCGACUAUCUAAUCCGUGUCAACUUUACCAUUCGCUUCAUCGACAGGAUCACAUGUUCGUCCCGAAACUCGAAGAUAUGUACACGAAAGACUUCGCAACUUAUGUUGAAUGUAAAUCUUUUGAUGAUAUUCCAGAAAGCAUUGUCAGGCCUGGGCAUUUCCGCGGAGUAGCAACAAUAGUUACUAAGUUGUUCAACAUUGUAAAACCAACAAAUGCAUAUUUUGGUCAGAAGGAUGCAGGUAAGGCUUUUUUUUCUUCGCACCUAAUUUUUUGGUUUUCAUUCAGAUGCUUCAACAAACGCUAAAUCUUACUCUUGCCUUUUCAGGUCAGUGCGUACUUAUCCGAAGAAUUGUACAAGAUUUGGACAUGGAAGUCAACAUUGUUGUUGGGGAAACAGUAAGAGAAUCUGAUGGCCUUGCAAAAUCCAGUAGAAACGCAUACUUGUCCGAAACUGAAAGACCAGCAGCCGCAAUAAUAUAUAAAUCCCUCCUUGCUGCUAAAGAUGCGUGGGUUAGAAAUCCUUUGAUAGAAAGUUCGGAGCUUAUAUCCAUUACACGAGAUGUACUCGAAUCUGAACCACUUGUUUCAGAGAUACAGUAUGUAUCUGUCGAAAGUAUGGCGACAAUGAAGGCUGUAACCAAGCCUUCAGAGUGCGAGGACGGCACAACGAUAUCACUGGGAUGUAUUGUCGGCUCAGUUCGCUUGAUUGAUAACAUAGUCCUAAAAAAUGAAUGAUGAUUCUUCAGAGGGCGAAUACCCGAAAGGUUGGCAACACACUAAAAGGCAAAGCAAAUUUACUUGACUAAACUGAGAUGUUUCGAUGGUUGGUAGUAUUGUAAAACUUCGAAUCAUCUUUGGCCAAAAUAUAGCCUGCGAAGGCACCUUUAAGAACUACCUUUCCCAGGGAGUUGCAGUAUACAGAUGAUGCGAAUUUACGAAGCACUUCUCAAGAAAGAAGUUAGUUAUGUUGUCAUUAAGAAAUCAGCGGCAGCAAUCCAACGAGACAAAAUCGGUUUCCGAUGAGAAGUGGAAGACAGUAUAAA